CCUUAACUUGGGACUUUUGGGACCGAUUACUAAUAGGGUUUUUAUUCCACGUGUCAACUUUCGACUUCUUCUUCUUCUCAAUCUCCUCGUCUCGAUCGAUCAAACUCAGAGAUGGCAUCGACUGCGGCGGCGGUUCCGUUCUGGAGAGCGGUGGGGAUGACGUAUAUAACGUACUCAAACAUCUGCGCGAAUCGUGUGAGGAACUGCCUAAAAGAACCCUUCAAAGCUGAAUCCAUGAGCAGCGAGAAGGUUCACUUCUCCCUCUCCAGAUGGGCCGAUGGAAAGCCCCAUAAACCAGGCUCCUGGCAUGAAUUAUUCAUUACAGCUUUGGAGUUGUACUCUGGGAGCUUGCCACCGAGAAGAUCACAUGGGAAACUCUCAACGCUAUGCAGGUAUCAUUUCUUAUAGAUAGAAUCAUAGAAGGAUGAAAAGAAAGCGUCUCCAGUUGCCGACUGAUCCUAAAAAUCUCAAACUUGGGCAAAUUUUAUUUAUAAAGUACAUAAUAUGUUCUAUCAGCUGAGCUCAAAAUUGGAUCAAACGUGUGUAUUUUCAAUGUGUAAAAUGUGUGUGUGUAUUUUAACAGAACAAUGUUUAAUUUUCCUUUUUUAAGAACCUUUGUUUAAGAAACUA